AGCGUAACGUCCAGACAGCCAGAUGCUACACCAAGCAUGCAUGCAAUCCGCCCAGCCAAGCCAAGCGCUGCAUCUAGACCACGCCACGUACGCCCAAGCUCUUGAAGUCCACCAUGAGCCGCGGCGGGUACAUGACGCGCUUGAUGCGCUGCUGCGGGCUCAGCUCGUCCACGUCGUCGUAGUAGCGUCCGCAGUCCUCGAGCUCUGCGGGGGCACACGCAGCGUUAGCGUCUUCUAUUUGGACACGCCAUCGCUUCAGGCCAGAGGCGCCUUACCUUCGUCCAUGACGUAGAGAUCGUCGCGGUCGUCCUGGAGGCACAGAGAGAGAGAGAGAGAGGAGGAGGAGAGGGGGGCGGAGUUAGCGACCACCGGCCAAAGAGAGGGGAGGAAAGGCGCGCGCGAUGCAGCGGAGGGAGGAGGAGAGGGGGGAGCAAGAGCGGCGCUCACCAUGGUGCUGCUGUGGGUCGAGGGGGGGAAGCGCCUGGCGUGGCUGGGGUACUGCUUCUCUCUCGGAGCUCCUGGUCGGUCCCGCCGCGCUGCCGUUCAAAUGGGAUUUGGCGAAAAAGCGCCGUCCGGCGCAUCCGCUUUCCAAGCGGACGCUCCACUCUUGCGUACACUAAGGGGAUGAAUUAGGCUGUUGCCUAGCAUAAGUUCGGGACCGACCCAACUUAGUGUGGUUUACACAUGACAUGAUGGCUUCAACUUUGGGCUGUCACUUGGUCGACUAGAAAACCGUUGGACGGACCGGCGUGGCACAUUCGUCUUCACGCCUCUCGUACAAUACAGCUUGCACUCUCGGACGGGAUUGGAUUGCUGGGGGUGCGGAUGCAUCUUGAGCGUGCACGAAAGAGAUUGCUCCAUGGCAUUUCGCUGCUCGUGGUGCUCGGUGACGAACACAAACCCGAGAACAACAUUAUCGAUCCUGAUCUUGAGAGCUACAGUAUUCGGUAAUCCUCGACAAGGAGGAGCUACAGUACUUACGUGGACUUGAACUCUGCUCUGGAAAAAAAAUCGUUCGUGUGAUUUGAUCGGGCAAGUUUGUAAACUCUAUUCAGACGUUGGCAUCGCGCUGAAGUCUUAGACGUCAUGUCACGAGCUGCAAUGUAUUUGCAGCCCCACCCGUCCAGAUCUGUUUGUCUCCGAAAGACGCUAACGUUCAAACGAACCGCUUUGCUCGGAGCCCCAGAUAUGCGUACGUUCGUGGCAGAACGACCCGAUAGAAGGCAACUAUCGACGCACGCAAUCUUGACCAGACGGCCUUUACGACCAGUGCCGCCGGAAAAUUGGUUUGAGGCGUACCUCCAGUAUUUGUCGGCCGUACGAAGACGCUUACCAUUUUUGUAUUUACCUCGCGUAAGUACAUGUAGGGAACGUUUGUGAUGACUUCUACGUAGAAGUAUCGGUGAGACUCGUUGGACCUAUUAAAGGUAGCGAUGAGUCCAUGAGCCGCAGCGAUGCCCCUGUACCGCAUGCAUUAACUCGGCUACAUGGUCACAACUCCAGGUUGAGUGUUCGCUCUGCGCUUUUCAGACCACUAAAAGGUUUGCGUGCAGACUGGCUAACUGUAGAUCUGGCACCGCUUACCGGUGGUGCCGAGUCGACUUUCGGUGUCGGCAGUGCCGACACCGAAAGCCUCCGCCUCAGCGACGCAGGCUGACGACAGAGCGCCGUGUUUCCCGCUGGGAUAUCACAGCACCCCUCAAAAGCGCGCGAGCACACGCUCAGCUGGCAAGCACAUCAAGCAUCGCGCUCUGCAGACAAUGCUGCCGCCGCCAGCAGGCCUAGCCAAGCAUAGCGAUAGCGUCCCCAUCAUGCCGCCACAUGUCGCAGAUAGUGUGGACCACCCACCCCGUCAAAGCCCCGACGGGGCGCCUGCAACUUCGAGUCAAGUCAACAUUCGCGCAAUUACUGGCCCGCGCUCAAGAUCCGCUCCACCGCCGCCAUGACCGACGUCAAGAACCCCACGUCCCCCGCCUUCAAGGCCUUCGUAGACGCCUCCGUACGUCGCCCAACCCUCCUGCUUAAUCUAUCGUCUCUGCGCUCGCUUUGGCGCCUCUUGCACGGCGAUUUGUUUAGUAAAGCAAGCUCCUCCUUAUUAUUAUUUAUUUUAACAUUUGUUUAUUAUGACGCGCAGGCCGGGGCCAUGGGCGCGCUGUUCGCCGCGGUGCUGCUGUACCCGCUGGACGUGGUGAAGACGCGGCGCCAGGUGGACGUGGACAACAGCAAGGAGGAGGAGCAGGAGCUGGAUGCCGAGGCCAAGGCCAAGGCGCUGGCGGCCCGCAAGAAGAAGGCGCACAACCUCCUGGUGGCCGUGUGGCUCAUCUACCGCCAGGAGGGCGUGGAGGGGCUCUUCGCCGGGCUCAGCUCCAAGGUCGUGCACACGGUGUCGUCCAACUUUGCGUACUUCUACUGGUACUCGUUCCUCAAGACGGCCGUGGAGAAGCACUCGAGCACGCCCAUCACCACGGGCAUGAGUCUGCUCAUGGCCUCCACGGCGGGCGCGCUCAACAUGUCGAUGACGCUGCCGCUCGAGAUGAUCAACACGCGCGCGCAGAUCCAGCCGAGCGACGACGAGUCCAGCGACGCGGACGACAAGGGCGAACAGAAGGAGAAGGACGCCAACCGACGCACCAUGUGGGGGCUGGCCAAGGAGAUCUACGCCGAGGACGGCCUGCUGUCCUUCUGGAAGGGGUUCAUCCCGUCGCUCGUGCUGGUGAGCAACCCGUCGAUCAACUACACCAUCUUCGACAAGCUCAAGCUGCAGCUGCAGCACUCCAAGAUGGCGGCCAGCGGCGCGAAGCGCAUCAGCUCGCUCACGGCGCUCGAGGCGUUCAUUCUGGCGGCGAUCGCGAAGGCUGUGGCUACUAUUGUCACCUACCCUGUUAUUCGUGCCAAGGUGCUGAUGCAGGCACAGAAGAAGCAGGUUGCCGGGUAUCACAAGAGCUCGCACGGCCACCACCACGCUGAGAUGGGCAACUCGAUGGUGCAGGUGCUCAAGCGCAUCGGUGAGCUGGAGGGUCCCAGCGGCUACUUCAAGGGCUGCUCGGCACAGCUUUUCAACACCGUCCUCAAGAGUGCGCUCCUCGUGAUGACCAAGGAGCAGAUUACCAAGUACACCAUGCGCGUGCUCUACAUGCUGCGCCGGAAUGCUGGUCCCAAGGCGAUCGAGGCUGCGAAGGCGUAAGUGCGCUCGGUUCUCGGUGCUGUGAACAAAAUUCAAUAUGAAGGCGAUAAAUAUCUCUAGCGGGGUGCGUCGAUUGCUUCAGGUGGAUGUUGUCACUGCAGCUCAGAUAUUGUGCGUGUAGUGGAAUGAAUCACGUUUGUUUUUUAGGAUACGGACGAAAAACGAUGAAGCAGUUUCGAUUCCAACUGCUGAAACAGUGAACUCUUGAUUAACCCUGAAGGGACGAUUGUUUUCCUGGUAAGCACAUUUUCUUCGUUCCCGUACCCGGCGGCAAAACAGUCUUACCUCACAGGUAUACUUGCCGUCGAGCCUGGUCGCAUGCAGCAUCAGGUUGGUACUCCCGAAGCGGCCCAAAUCCUUCUCCGUUCCACUCUGUACGCCGACCGAGCUCUCUCUCGCCCCAGGUCUUCUUGGGUGAGUCGAAUCGACUGUCGAUGGCGAGGUCACUUCACCGUACAAUUUACGGUCUGAAAAUUACGACUUGUUGAAGCCGUUUCCAAAUGUUCCUGCAGUUUCUAUUAAUCUUAAUCGGCGCGCGACUGGCGGGAAGGACAAGCAGGAUGUGAACACACGCGCUGCGUUCAUUGCUGCUUGCUUACAUGUAGGCCGUCACUCGCCUCGCCAAUCUACGAUCGCUUCCCAGCGCGCAAGCUGAUGCAUUAGCAGCGUUAGCACUGCUCGCCAUGCGAGACGAGGAGGAUGCUCCCGCCAACUACCGGUACGUGCUUGAACCGCAGCGACUUGCGUUGGUUCCCGCGAGAUGGGGAAAGAUCGUCUGGCGGCGGUUCUUCGCUUGGCGUCAGCUUCUCUUCUCUGGAGUAUUUUUUAAAAUAAAUGGCGCGAGGUCUUGGUCAUAGCGGUGAGCACCGAGCUGUCGCUGGCGGUCGCCGGCUGAAGACUGCAGGGCUCGAACUUUGUGGGGGCUGAUAAUUUCUUUAGCGUUAGAUAGCGAAUUUUUUACAAAUAAAUCAGCGGCAGCGCCGUGCACUGUCGAUCGAAAAGUGGGGCGGCCCUUUUGUCUCGUUCCGUUGCUCGCGCUGCGGACCGCCUGUGGCGUCGUUCUCCCCUGUUCUCUCAGCGGCGGGGGAAGCUCUCGAUGAGGCGCAGCGGGUGCGUGCGCGUGGGGGCGUCCUCGACCUGGCGGUGGAUGAAGGCGUCCUCGGGCGGCGCCGCGCACUCGUCGAAGACGUCGGCGAACGUGGGGUCCCACCAGUCCUCGGCGAACAGGUUGCGCAUCGAGUCGCCCGUGGGCGAGCUCUUCUUCUCCACGAGGUCCAGCUCUCGCACGUGGAAGCUGGUCACGGACGAGCUGCGUCUCGUGAGGCGGUGCAGCUGGCGUCUCGGCACUGCGGGCGCCACUGCACUCGCCGCACUCCGGUCCUUGGAGGUCUCUGGGUCCUGCUGCUGGGCCUUGGCGGCAUCCUCCGCCGCCGCGUGGUCUUCGUUCACCAUCAAGAACUCCCUGAUCAGGUCCAGCGGCAGACACCUCGAGCUGUCGUUGCCGUCCCACUCGGGCGAGUCCUCGUCGUCCUCGUCCUCGUCGCCCAGCAGGCCCUGCGUCGUCUCCAGUAGGAAGCGCACGUAGCUGUCCAGCUCCUCCAUCCUCGUGGACUCCAGAAGCUGCUUG